AUGCGCACCCACUGCCAACCCUGCGAGCCAAAACCAACGCUCGGCUUCUUCGGCACGAUCGGAUCCAUCAUCAGCGCAUGUAUGCACGCCAUCUUCGGCAUAGUUCUACCAACAGUCAUCGCCCUCGCGAUCGUAUUCCUCAUCCUUUUCUUCAUCGUCGUGGCUGUUGUGACCAUCGCAGACAGCCUCGGGUGGCCGGGUUUCAUUACGAAGUACAAGCAAAGAGAGAAGGAGAGCAAACGGAUGGAGGCUGGUAAGAAGGUGGGGAGUGAUAUUGAGGGGUUGAAAUUGCUGGGAGAGGGGGAAGGGGAGGGUGAUGUUGGUUUGGGUGGGGAUGGGGAUGGAGAGAUCACUGAUGUUGGGGACCGGAAGAGGAGGAUUGAGGUUGAGAUUGAGUUCUUAGAGACGCUUUUGAGGGUUAAGAUGGAGAGGUUGAGGGCCUUGCAGUAG